AUGUCCACAGCCCUUUUCGCACGGGUCGCAUACCUUGCCUCCGACGUCGUCGUUGACUCGCAGUCCGCUUUUUCCAACUACUGGAAAGCCUCGCCGCGAAGCACACGGGGUGCUUCGUUGAUCUCCAUCCCACGCGCGGCCGACCCUGCAUCAAUCCUUCUCCGGGAUCACGCAGCCUCUUUGCUCGCCUACACAUCCUCUACCUCUCAGGCUUUGACCCGCCUCCUCCCCCACCUCGCAGAGCUCUCCUCGCUCCCCCUUGUCUUGCAUCUCGCUACGGAUAACGACCUAUCCGACGCCGCCAUUCUCCGCUCUGCGGUCCCGUACUUCCUUCACUCCUCUACCGCCCAGCAAGCCCAUGACAAUGCGCUGCUCGCUUCUCGUCUUGCGCGCUCCGAGAGGAAAGCAGUCGUUCACGUUUUCCACGUCGGAAGCCAGAACGAGACGGUGGAGGAGGUCGCAGAGGAUCAGGUUCAGCCGUUUCUCAUUGCAGAGAAGCGCUCCCCUUCUAGGGCCAAUGGCCAUGCCCACAGUCCCAGCAUGUCCAGCCUUUCCUCUCCUCUUGCACACUCUUCCGCAGAUCCUGCGACAGCCGACCUGCUCAAGGCUUACGAGUCCGCCGCAUUGUCCACUCUCGCCUUGGUCCGCCGGACGCAGCGUCCGACCGUUCAGCAUGGGAGUUCAGAGCCUCACACUGUCAUCUUCAUCCUCGGACGCGCAAACUUCGACUUUACAGUUGAAGGCGUCUCGUUCGUGGACAUCUCUCUCGUCACCCCGUUCCCCUCCUCGCGCAUCGCGAGCUCCAUCCCCUCGUCCGCAAAACGGGUCAUCGUGCUCGAGCAAAUCGCCAAGUGGUCCAUGAAGUGGACGCCCAUCUUCCUCGAGAUCAUCAGCUCCCUUCAACAUCACGAUCCCGAGACACGGCCCGUCGUGCACAGUGCGACUCUCGGCGACGCGAGUUCCAUUCAGUCUGACGACAUUCUGAGCCUCGUCGAGAGCGCACAGACAUUGUCCCCUUCAGAGCGCCUCAUGCUCGGCCCCUCCGCCAUCUCGGAAUCUGCCCCUCUCGCAACGCCGCAGGUCCCAAAACACGAAUCAUCCUACACCAAAAUCCUCUCCCACCUUUUCGGCGACCGGAUGGAGAUCUCCAACUCCCCCGCCCUCGUGUCAUCCCAGGGAGAAAUGGCCACGAGCCCCGAAUUUGCUCUGGGCCGCAUUCGCGGAGAGCUCGAGCAGCGCUCCGAUCUCAUACGUGCCGUUCAGGAUCUCCUGCAGACUGGUGACGUCGAGCCCGAGCUCCACGCGCUCCUGAGCCAGUGGACCCUCGCAAAAGACGACGGUGUGAAGAGCCGGCAGCUCGGCAUUGAAAUCGUCGAAGCCCUCGAGACUGCAUCCGUCGCGCACAAGGCUGCGGAUCGCAUCCUCGCCCUUCGAGCCCACUUUCCGGCGCUGUCGAGGUGGAUCAUCGGGUCCGACGCGUGGUCGUACGAUCUGGGCUCCUCUGGCCUGCACCAUGCCAUCGCCUCAGGGCUCAAUAUCAACAUCCUCAUCCUCGACACCCUGCCGUAUUCCUCGCGGAACUCUGGAGACCCUCACCGUCGCAAGCACGAUGUCGGGCUGUACGCGAUGAACCACGGCGAUGCCUACGUUGCCAGCGUCGCCGUGUACUCGUCCUAUGCGCAGGUUCUCCAAUCCCUCAUGGAGGCGGACAAAUUCAAUGGGCCCAGCGUCGUCCUCGCCUACCUACCCUAUACGAGUGAAGAUUCCGCGGCGCUUGAUCUGUUGAAGGAGACGAAGCUGGCCGUGGACUCUGGCUAUUGGCCCCUGUACCGCUGGGACCCGAGCAAGGAGGCGCAGGGCAAGGAGCCGUUUUCUCUCGACUCUGAUGCCAUCAAGAACGACCUACAGGCGUUCCUCGACCGCCAGAACCACCUCUCGCAGCUCGUGCGGUCGAAGCCCCAGCUGGCGUCGGAGCUGGUCAGUAGCUUGGGCGAGAGCGUGAAGGAGGCGAGGAAGAGGAAGGCGCAGCAGGCGUAUGCGGAGCUGCUCGACGGCAUCGACGCGCCACCGUUGCUGGUUCUGUACGCGUCCGACGGGGGCGCGGCGGAGAAGAAGGCGAAGAGGCUGGCGCGCCGUGCCCAGGCGCGGGGGCUGUCCGUCACGAUACACUUCCUGGACUCGAUGAGCUUGGAGGGUCUUGCACAGGAGGAGCACGUCGUGUUCGUCACGUCCACCGCCGGUCAGGGCGAGCCCCCGCAGAACGCGAGGAACUUCUUCAAGGCUGUAAACGCCGCGGUAGCGAAAGGCGAGAAGGUACUCCCGAACCUCAAGUUCUCCGUGUUCGCCAUGGGCGACAGCCACUACUGGCCACGGGCCGAGGAUGCGCACUACUACAACAAGCCUGGGAAGGACCUGGACGCGCGACUCGCGCAGCUCGGGGGCGAGCGCAUCGCGGAUCCGGGCCUCGGUGACGACCAGGACGCGGACGGCUCGGAGACCGGCUACAAGGUCUGGGAGCCGCUGCUGUGGAAGGCGCUCGGCGUCGACUCGAUCGAGGUGACGGAGGCCGAGUCGGAGCCGAUCACGAAUGAGCACAUCAAGAUCGCGUCGCAGUACCUGCGCGGGACAAUCGCGGAGGGCCUGGAGGACACGACGACGGGCGCGCUCGCCCCGAGCGACACGCAGCUCACCAAGUUCCACGGCAUAUACCAGCAGGACGACCGCGACAUCCGCGACGAGCGGCAGGCGCAGGGCGUCGAGCCCGCGUAUUCGUUUAUGAUCCGCGUGCGCAUGCCCGGCGGCGUGUGCUCGCCGCAGCAGUGGCUCGCGAUGGACCAGAUUUCGGACGAGCAUGGGUGCGGGAACUUUAAGCUCACGACGCGCCAGACGUUCCAGUUCCACGGGGUCAUCAAGCGGCACCUGAAGCCUUCGAUCCAGGACAUCAAUAGGGCGCUCUUGGACACUCUGGCGGCGUGCGGAGACGUCAAUCGUAACGUCCUUGUGUCUUGCAUACCGACCUACAACAAGUUGCACGCUCAGGUGUACGAAUUUGCGAAGAACGUCAGCGAGCGCCUCCUCCCGAGGACCUCGGCAUACCACGAGAUCUGGCUCGACAAGAAGCUUGUGGCUGGCGAGGCUUUGCAGGACUUUGAGCCCCUCUAUGGCGAAUUCUAUCUUCCUCGGAAGUUCAAAGUGGCGAUCGCGGUUCCUCCGACGAACGACGUCGAUGUCUUUGCAAAUGAUGUUGGGUUCAUCGCCAUCAUGGGCGAAGACGGCGAACUUGCCGGAUUUAAUGUCACUGCCGGCGGAGGUAUGGGUGUCACCCAUGGUAACAAGAAGACGUAUCCGCGAACCGGUUCGGUCCUUGGCUUCUGCACGCCUGAGCAGGGUGCGGAGGUGGCUGAGAAGAUCAUGAUCGUGCAAAGAGACAACGGCAAUCGUGCCGACCGGAAGAACGCCCGCUUGAAGUACACCAUCGACCGGAUGGGCCUGGAGACGUUCCAGGCAGAGGUUGAGAAACUGCUUGGGUACCACCUCCAGCCCGCCCGUCCGUUCUCGUUCGACCGCAACACGGACGACUUUGGAUGGAAGACCGGCGAGGACGGCAAGCACCACUUCACGUGCUUCAUCGAGAACGGGCGCAUCCAGGACGAGCCGGACCGCGACUUCAAGACGGCGCUGAGGGAGAUCGCGAAGGUCCACAAGGGCCGCUUCCGGCUGACGGCCAAUCAGCAUCUGAUCAUCACCGAGGUCGCGACGGAGGACUUGCCCGAGAUCAAGCGGCUGCUCGCGCUGUAUAAGCUGGAUAACGUGAAUUUCUCUGCGCUGCGGCUGUCAUCCUCGGCUUGCGUUGCGUUCCCUACAUGCGGGCUUGCCAUGGCCGAAUCGGAACGGUAUCUCCCUCUUCUCGUCGACAAGGUCGAGAAGAUUUGCGAGGAAAAUGGCCUUCGCAACGACUCGAUCGUCAUGCGCAUGACAGGGUGCCCGAACGGCUGUGCCCGACCUUAUAUUGCUGAGAUUGCAUUCGUAGGCAAGGCGCCCGGGACGUACCUCAUGCUGCUCGGGGGAGGCUUUUAUGGGCAGCGCCUGAACAAGAUCUACAGAGAGAGCGUGACGGAGCCCGAGAUCCUCGCCAUCCUCGAGCCGAUGAUCAAGCGCUACGCGCUCGAACGGGAGGACGGCGAGCGCUUUGGCGAUUUCGUCAUCCGCGCGGGGUACAUCGCACCGACGACCUCUGGGGCUGCGUGGUACGAUCGUAUGGGCGGCGAGGCGCCACACCGGGAGAUCGCUCUCGCCGCGUAGUAGUAGUGUUCAGGUGGAGGGGUUUUUUUAUCGCUGGGACUGGGAGACUCUACAUCUAACGCUGUGCAUUUGUAAUCGUAAUUUGUUCCAUAACGCAUGUUUAUUCAGUCAUAUUCACAAGGC